CAAAAAGACCUUUAUUAUGGCAAACAAUAAUUAUCAUUGUUAUUCCCCUAAUAAUUAAUAUGUAAGACAAUGAACAUUAUCACUAAUAAUUUGUGAUAUACUUGAGCUGUGAGUAUCCCCUAAACAGAAUUUGAAAGAAUAAAAAACAAGCUUCUUCAUUCAUUCAAACUUUCAAGUGAGAAUUUGAGAUGGCAUCAUUUGGAGGAACUACACAGAAGUGUAAUACAUGUGAAAAGAAAGUCUACUGGAUGGAACAACUUACUGCUGACAACAAACUGUACCACAAGUCUUGCUUCAAAUGCCACCAUUGCAAGGGCACCCUUAAGCUGAGUAACUAUUGUUCCUUUGAGGGUGUCCUAUACUGCAAGCCUCAUUUUGAUCAACUCUUUAAGAUGACUGGUAGUUUGGACAAAAGUUUUGAAGGCAUUGCAAGAAUUUAUGGAGUUGAAAGAUCUACUACUCAGGUCCAAGCCAAUAACAAAGUUUCAAGAUUUUUUGCUGGAACUCAAGAAAAAUGUGUUGGUUGCAACAAAACAGUGUACCCAAUUGAAAAGAAUAAUUUUCAGGUAUCUGUUGAUGGAGAAUCUUACCAUAAGAGUUGCUUCAGGUGCACACAUGGAGGUUGUGUAAUUAGUCCAUCAAAUUAUGUAGCUCAUGAACAUCGUAUUUAUUGUAGACACCAUCAGACUCAACUCUUCAAGCAAAAGGGAAAUUUCAGCCAAUUUGACAAGAUUGAACAUGUUUAAGUGAUCAUUGAGAACACACUAUAUGAGUAAUAAUAAUACUAUGAAACUUUGCAAUUGGAAUAUAUGUCCAGUUGAUUUGACUCUUUUUUGGUAUUAAAAUGACAUUGUUACAAUAAUAAGUUCUAUUUGUUUUAUUAUGUACAUUAUACUCUUUCCGUCUCAAAAUAUAAGUAAACACGGGUCA